UGUUCAUAGUGCUGAUCAUCGUAGUGAGACUUACUGCAGGAGCCGAGACCAAUGGAGCUGCCUGAAUCGUCCUGCAUCCUCCCCAUACCUUCCAACCUCCAUCUCUCUCCCUGAUUCUGUCUCUCCUCUCUCCUUUCAUAAAACGAAACGAAACCAUAGACAUGGAUUGUUAACUACCGCAUAUGUGUCAUGGAUCAAGAAUGAGAAACAUGGAUUCGAUUUACAUUAUUCUCGUCCUCCUUGCUCCCCAACCCUAUUUUUUAGCUUCUGCAGACAGGAAAUUCGGUUGUCUUUUUGAGAAGGAGUUGUGCACACCAUACGAGAUCUGUGUCAACGAUGGAAUGUUCGGGAGGUGUCAAUCCACACCCGUUCCGGUAGCAGAGGUGUAUACGUAUGAUGUGUCUCCAUCUGUGGUUCAGCGCUUCAGGACUCUACUGCAGAAACUCACCCACAGAGGGUUGACCUGGGAGGAUGAGACCGCCCAGCAGAUCCUGUCCAAGGAGCUGUCUAAGCUGAGGAAGAUCCCCUACAGACGCCUACAGGACUCCAGCCCCCCUGUCUACAGCAGCAGCAAAUCCAGGCCCUCUACCCAGGCUAUGGACCCAGGAGACCGGAGGAUCAAGCCAGUGGAGGUGGAGCUCAGUAGAAACCUCCAGAACUACCUGCAACGUCUGGGCCUCCUUCCCCAGGCCGCCUCCCCCGCCAGACCCAAGAGCCCCAGUAAGAGUGACCGUUACCCAUCUGGGGUCUCCUCUGACUACUACUGGCCAAAGUCCCAGGGAGAGGGAAACUUCUCCCCACUGACGUCCUUCCAGCCUCCCUACCAGGACAGAUCUUCUGCGGGGGAUGGAGACCUCCUUGUGGCUGCUCUCAGACACUAUCUGUCUGGGCAGGUACCAUCUCAGACCGGGGUGUCCACCAAUGGCCCGGUCCUGCCCACCCUUCGCCUACGCCCCUCCUACAGCAACAGUAUAGACAGUACUGGGCCUAAAGAGACCUCUCAAUCUCAAACACCUAACCUGGACAGACCUCUACUCCUCCAGACAGCUGGAGCCAGCCAACCCUCUGCUCCCAAGGACCCUCUCAGUACAGUGGAUGAGGUGUUCAUCCAGAAGGUUCUGAAGAAUGUGGGCAGACACAACGUGGACGUGGACGACCUGAGUCCUACAGACCUGGACCAACUCUCUACGCUGAUCACUGACGCCCUACAGGUAGUGGAUCAAGAACAUACCCAAGCCCAGUCCAGAGCAGGACCCAGAGACCUGGGGGAGGAAGGGAACGAGGGGCCUGAGGAACAGGAGGAGAAGGAGGAGAGUGUCCCUCCAUCCACCACAGAGAAAACGGCUCCGGAGAGCACUCCAGUAGAGGAGGCUGUGGUCCAAGAGCGACAAAUGGAGGGAGACAGAGAGCCAGCAGACUCCAAUGACAAGCCCCAAGAUGCCGGCAGCUUAUUUGGCAAGCUGCUGGUGUACCUGGAUAAGAUUGAGUCCCCAGCCCAGAGAGAGCCCCCAGGCUGGGCUGGUGUGGGUGCAGGGCUGGGUGAGGGGAGAGGUGUUGGUCUGGAGAACGUACAUAGUAGGACCACUCAGGCUGAGGUGGCGGUGCAGAAGAAGUCGACCCACUCGACGGACAUGGAGGAGGUGGCUGCCGUGGAGGGCUGGAUCCAGGCAAUGGAGCCUCCUGCUGCCAAGGUGGUCUACCAGGAGCCCCAUAAGAAGAAAGUGAACGUCCAGGAGCUGCAGCUAGAUGUCAAAGCUGCUGUGGACACGAAGAAGACUGAUGAUGACUACGGUUAUGUCAUCACCGACACUGACGCAUUGCAGACUGAUGAGGGCCUCCACUUGAUGGAGAUUCUGACACGACGCGCCAAGCUGCAGAUGACUGACUUCCUGGAGCUCUCAGUGGUAGGCCCAGCUGUGACCUUCAGAGUGCGACCUAAUGCCCAGAACGUCAGCACCGCAGAUGUGGCCAAUGUAGCAGUUCACCAGAAGGAUGCAGUGGAGAAGGAGGCCAAGGUGAUCAUUCUGGAGGCUGGAAUCACAGAUAGAAGCCAGAUAAACCAGAUACCUACCAAGUACAGCACGGCCGAGUCCACCAAGUACAUGAUCCUGACAGUGGUGUCUAUCCUGUGUAUCGUGGCUGUGCUGCUGGCCUCCACUGUGGUCUACUGCCUCCGACACCGCUCUCACCACAAGCUCAAGGAGAAGCUCACCAACCUGGGAACAGACACAGGCAGCGAUGCUACCUCCACCUAUCAGGAGCUGUGUCGUCAGCGGAUGUCGGUCAAGCCGCCGGCGGAGCGUCCAGAGCCGAUGCACAGUGUGUCGUCACGGCUCAACAGUGUGUCGUCCCAAUUCAGCGACGGGGGGCCCAUGGUCAGCCCCUCGGCACGAAGCUCCACCUCCUCCUGGUCUGAGGAACCCGUCCACUCCAACAUGGACAUCUCCACUGGACACAUGAUCCUGUCUUACAUGGAGGACCACCUGAAGAACAAGAAUCGUCUGGAGAAGGAGUGGGAGGCUCUGUGUGCGUAUCAGGCUGAACCCAACGCCUCCACUACAGGCCUGGGGGCCGGGAACACAAAGAAGAACCGCUCCAAUGCUGUGGUGGCCUAUGAUCACUCAAGAAUUGCCUUGAAGGUUGAAAACAGCCACAGCAAUUCAGAUUACAUCAAUGCCAGCCCAAUUAUGGAUCAUGACCCACGGAACCCAGCCUACAUCGCUACUCAAGGCCCUCUUCCCUCCACGGUGGCUGAUUUCUGGCAGAUGGUUUGGGAGAAUGGCUGUGUGGUCAUUGUCAUGCUGACGCCCCUCACUGAGAGUGGAGUCAAACAGUGUUACCACUACUGGCCUGACGAGGGGUCCAACCUCUACCACAUCUACGAGGUGAACCUGGUGUCGGAGCACAUCUGGUGUGAUGACUUCUUGGUUCGUAGUUUCUACCUAAAGAACAUGCAGACCAACGAGACUCGCACCGUCACACAGUUCCACUUCCUUACCUGGCUCAACCAGAAUGUCCCUGAGUCCAGUCGGACACUCCUGGACUUCCGCAGAAAGGUUAACAAGUGCUACCGGGGAAGGUCUUGUCCUAUAAUAGUCCACUGCAGCAACGGCGCCGGGAGGAGUGGAACAUACAUUCUGAUUGACAUGGUUCUCAAUAAGAUGGCUAAAGGUGCUAAGGAGAUUGAUAUUGCUGCCACCCUGGAGCACUUGAGGGAUCAGCGGCCGGCUAUGGUCCAGACAAAGGAGCAGUUUGAGUUUGCAUUGACAGCUGUUGCGGAGGAGGUGAACGCCAUACUCAAAGCUCUUCCACAGUGAGAGGUUGACCCACUACCAAGCCUCAGCAGACCUCCCCAGGGAUCUCCCUCCUGUUCUCCUUCUCUCGCCCACGCUUUCUUUCCCCCACUCCUUCUCUCCACCUCUCUGUCUUUGUGGAUGUUGUGCGAGAGAGCAUGACCUGAUCUUAGUUGUGUAUUAAAAAAAAAUCUAUUGUGAACCUUUGGAGCUUGUUUCCAAACAGACAAUUUAGUGCGUCAAGACUUUUACUGAUUGAAAAACAUGUUAAUCUGUUAAGUUACUAGAAUAUAUCAAUGACAGAAAUAUUGUUUUCGUGUGUGUAAAUGAUGAUGUUGGUCAUAACAUCUGUAUCAUAUGGCAUAUUUAAGUAAACUUUUUUUUUUACUUUGAUCCUAUUAUGCGGUGUACUAAAUCAUACCAUGUAAUGUAUAUUAAAAGGAAAACUGCUUAAUUAGGUCAAGUGAACACUGAUAACAAUGAUGCUGAUGUUAACUCUAGUUACCAUAGUGAUAAUUACACCAAGCAAUAUGUGUUUUUUCAGCUUGUCCAGACCUGGACAAGUAAUUGUAUGUUGUGGACAACGAUUGUGAGUAAACUUAACUAAUGUCAGUAAACUAAACUAGCUAAUGCCUGCCUCAAGUAAAGCAGUUCUAUGAAUUGGUGUACUGUAUGUACAAUGAAAACGAUAUUGUCAUUUUGUAAAUAAAGCAGAUCAUCUAAUCUAGGGUCUGGAUUCAAUCCGUAUCGCCAAAGUAUCACAGAAGAUUUGUGUUAAAAUGUAAAGGUCAUUUCUAAUUUAGCCGACAUAUGCAGCGUUUACCGUUAAUGCAGUUUUACCGUGAAUGCAGUCUCCGCAACCACGGGAACAUUGCCUUUAAUUUUCAAUCAUGCUAUAAAGUGGAUCAUCAGUACGGAUUGAAUAAAGCCCUAGAUGUACAUGUAGCAUCAAUGGCUUAAGUGGCUUAAGUGUGAAUAUAAGCUGCCACUGGAUGUCCCUGUGUCUUAUUAACAACUGAGUCCAUAUCUGCGUUCCAAAUGGCAACCCUUUCCUUAUAUACAAUAGAUAACUUCUUUUGACCAGAGCUCUGGUCAAAACAAGUGCACUAUGUAGGGAAUAGGUUGCCAUUUUGGAUGCUGACCAGGCAGGUUUGUCUGCACUACAGGAGUACUGUCAGCUAAAUAAUAAUAAUAAUAUAUGCCAUUUAGCAGACGCUUUUAUCCUGUACAGUCACGCGGGCAUACAGCUCUACCCCAACACUUUCUGCUUUGACUAGACUCAUGCCAUUAGAUCACAAGAUCUUGUGUCAAGCUUUCAUGUUUGUCCAUUGGAUUCUGUGUUUUGUACACCCAAUAUUUUCUGAAUUGCAGAUGAUAUGACCUGCUUUUUUAGCAUACACUCGCACAUGGCUAUUUGAAACUAUUAUUCCUCAAAUGUAUCUCCUUCAGCCUCAAAAUAUAUCAUGUCACCAUGAAGAAAGCCAAGGAUAUGAUUUACUAUUUACUUUGACAAGCCAAGGAUAUAUAAUCAUUUGAGACAUUCAUUUCUGAAGAAUAGUAGUGCAAGUACAGAGGGGAAGAUAGUGGAUUGUUAUAUUACAUAUUGGCAUAAGCUUAUUUUACCUAUCACAGGUGUGCUUCCAAAAUGGCACCUGAUUCCCUUUCUAUUACACUUCUUUUCCUUUGGUCCCUGGUCAAAAGUAGUGCACUAUAAAGGGAAUAGGGUGCCAUUUGGAAGGCAUUCAGAGUUCAAGCGGGGCAUGUUAUGUGUCCCAUACUGUCACCACUGCAAAAAGCUUUCAACUAAUUUAUUGCAAGAGCUGGCUGAUCUGUUCCAUUGAUUUGUAUAUAUAUGAUUAUUAAAAAUUAAAAAAUAUUUUGUUCUAUCAGUGAAGAUAAACUAUUGUGAAUAAAGUCCCAUUAUUGAUGGCGUGUUGUAUUGCAACCUUA